AUGUUGAGGGUUUUUUUUCCCCCUUUACUCCAGGCUGCUGUGACCUUUGCGGACGUCGCCAUCCUUUUCUCCCGAGAGGAGUGGGAGAUCCUAUCAGACGCCCAGAAGGAGCUGUACCGAGAGGAGAUGCUGAAGAAUUACGGCAACCUCCGCUUGCUUGGCCUGGUGACUGCCAAACCGGGGCUCGUUUCCCAGCUGGAAGAGGGGGAAGAGUUGUACAAGGACAUCCUGGAGAGGGGCGCCCCAGCAGCCCCCUUCCUCACUCAGAAGGGAGUUGCCCUUCCUGAAAGGCCAGGUGUACAUCAAAAGAGCUACCCUGAAACAUUACAGAAAAAAGAGAAUCACAAGUGGGGGGGGGCAACCCGGUGA